UAUGGGCAGGACUGUUGAGAGCUUGUAUGGGGCUCAGGAGUAGAGUGGACUUAUUUUGCCUUUUGAACAAGUGAAAUACAUAGAAUGUUUAAUUAUUAAUAAAAAGCAUACUUAAAGAUUUUAUUUUCUGUUAGUAAAAUAACAUCAAUUUUAUAGGGUUCACUACAAACUUUUUAAAUUUUUUGUGUGCCAAGGAAAAAUCCCCAGCUUUCUCCUCUUGAUGUUCUUGAAUAUGGCUAAAGAAAAUUAAGUGAUAAUGGAUGAUCAAUGAAAAGUGUGUAUUUGCAAUUUAUACCAUGAAAGUUAAACAUGCUUGUUAUUGGUUGCUAUGUUGCAAGAAGCACUUAAAUCUUGAAGACUUAUUUUUGAUUGAAGAUUUACUAAAAACUUCAGAGAAAUUUGGAGCACUAAAAGAAAAUAUAAAUCGAUUGCAUGUGAUACUAUAGAUCCUUAGUGUUAGCAAAUCUAGUUCUCACAAAUAAGAUUUUUGUUUGAUUAUCCUGUACAAAGUUGUAAAUUAUGCUUUUAUGAAUUUUAGGAUAAAUUACCCAAUAUUACUUUUUUUAUAUUUUUUCAUUUAUGAAAGAUUUUUACAAGAAAUUCAAAUUUCAUUAUAUUUGUUUUAUAAAUCACUUUUCUCUUAUUUAGUCAUGCCAGAUAUUACUACUGAUUAUUUAAUUUUUGAUCAUUUUAACAAUUUAUAAUUAUAACAAUUGAAAAUAUUUAUUAAUAAUUGUCUACAUUAGAAUUUUUUAAUUAAGACUUUUUAGUCAAACAUAAAUCAUUAUGAGCAAUAACUUUAUUUUGAUAACAAUUUGUUUGAUGACUAUCCCCAGAGGGUAUUAAAGAUAAUAUGUUAGUUUGGAGAUCAGAAUUAAGCUAUAGGUUGGAACCUUAGAAGUUUUUAUAAGUAGUUUGACUUGUGAGUUAGUUAUGUCAUGUCCUUCAUUAUAUAAGGUAUGAAUACGAAAAAACUUUUUGCCUGCAACACAGGGAGGAAUUUGUUUUUCUAUAACUUUGCUGCAUUGUUUUACAAAUAUUUAUUACUCAGAAAACAUUGAUAAGUUCUCAAUAUCAAAAUAAAGUAAUUAAAAACAGAUGUUUAAUCAUAUUUUGAAAGUCAAGAUUUUCCUUGAGCUUAAAACUGCGCUUAAGUUUCUACUCCACAACUUCUGUUGAUAAAAUACAGAAAUAAAAUAAAACUGCACACGAAUUAAGCCGUUUAAAAUAAGAAACUGGAGUAAAAAUCACGGGUAAAAAUCAAACAUGGCGAUGUCAAAGACUCUGCCAGCGAAAGCGGGAAAUCGAUAACUUACCCGCUAAAGCAUCAGCUCCCGCCAACACCCGGUCACGUGACGCGCAUGAACCAAUAAGUAAUAGCGAAAGCGAACAGUUGUUUUAUCGCCAUUCGAAACUCGUUUAUCGUUAUGGCUUCCGCUUCAAACAAGAAGAGAUUGCUGGAAGAAAGAGCGAGAAGGAGAAGAGCAGAGACAGAACGUAAAGAAAUGUUAAUCGAAGAAAUUCGCUGUAGGCCGACAAUAUGGAAUCGCCAUUUAACAGUCCAUAAAGAUAAAGCGGCAGUGGAAGAGAUGUGGAACGAAGUGGCUUCAUCUGUCAAACUAAAAAAAGAAGUUUGUAAAAAGUUAUGGAAAAACCUUAUAGACCAUUUUAGAAAUCUUUAUCACCAAGCAAUAAUUACUAAAUCAGAUGAUGAUCCUUCUGAAGAAUAUUGUUUUCAAAAUAUUAAGUGGAAUUUCUUCCACCAAAUGCUGUUUUUAAAGGAUAUGAUAUCUCGAAAAGACAGAUCAACUAAUAUAACUGUGAUACCAGAUAUUGACAUUCAACAAGACUCUUGUACACAAGAAGAUAAUUCUAAAUUAUCAGAAACAAAUCAUUUAGAAUCUCCACCUUCUCCUGCUUCAGUAUGUUCAACACAUAAAGUAAAUAAAUCUAGGAAAAGAAGUGCUUCCAAUGAAGAAACUGAAUUAAACUUUCUCAAUGGGCAAAUACCUGUUCGAGAUUCUUGUUUGAAAUUUGGAGAGUAUCUUAUGGAAAUACUACAGCAAGUGCCAGCUUCAUUGAGAAGAAGGUGUGAAAUGGAAAUUUUAAGAGUUGCAAAUAUAUUUGCGGAUGGCUUUUCACCACAGAUUGAAAUCAUUAUUCCAACUACCACAGAUAUUGGAAUCAGCAACGAAGAUCUGUAAGUUGUGAAGUCAAAAUUGUAAUAGAUGAAUGCUAAACAAUUUAUCCUAAAUAAAGUACAAAACACAUUUAUUUUAUAUAUAUUUUAAAUAAAUGAAAGUUAAAAUAUGUUGAUAAUGCUGUCCAGUAUUAAAUUUAUAUCAAUUAUUUUUUUAAAUGUGGUGUGAUGUUUUAUUUUAUAUAGUCCUGCUUUAUAUCAUGAUACUAUACACUAUAAGUAUUGCAUCUAACUUAUAAAAUUAUAUUAGAACUCUAUGUUUAGAUAGAUUACCUGUUCAUAAAAGAUACAGAGAAUUAGUUUAGUUUAUCCAAUAAAAUUAUAAGGAAUAAAGAUUGAUGUCAUGUAAACAGAUGUAUUAUAGUUAGGAACCUGUUAUUGUGAGCAAUUAACUGUUUUGUUUGAAUAUAUGUAAAUAUUGUAAAAAGUUUCAAUGUAAAUAUUGAAUAAUAGUAAUUUUUAAAGAAAUACUCAUGGUAUUUUUUAUGUUAAGACAAUUUUAUUGUUAUUUUAAAG